CCGGGCCUAGCUGAGGCGGGCCGCGGAGCAGAGCGGAGCGGGUGCCCCUGGCUGGGCCGGAACGGGGCGGGCGGCCGCCGCGGGUGCCCCCGGCCGGGCCGCGGGGCGGCAGCGGGGAGGGCCGCCGGGUGCAGCUCGCGGUGCCGCCGCCGGCUCUGCCCUGCCGGAAGGCGGGUCCUUCUCGUGAGAGACGAGUCGUGAGCCGAGCGUGCCGGCCGGCCCCUGCAGGCGGGAGAAACGGCGUGUGCGGCUGGGCGGAGGGGAAGCCUGCAGGAGGCAGAAGUAGCAUAUUGUUCUUCUAAGGUUCAUAGCUGUAAUUGUAGCAAAGGGUAAGUAACUGUGGAUUUUCAGCAUCAAGCCAAUGUGAUGGGACCAAGCAAGCCAUCUACAUCCAAUGUUAUGUUUGCAUCCAAUACCCUGCUCUCCAGGAAUGAAGCAACAACGUUACAAACACAGCUCCAGUUUAAUAGGAACGUUCCUGCAAAUCCAGAGAAUUUAUCUGUCAGAUUCCCUAGCCCUCGUCCAAUUAUAAUAGAAAAGCUGAAGCCAUCCAAUGAUCAGGGAAGUCUAGAUGGCAGUGAAGGUCCCAGCAUAAGAAGCUCUGGCGUGUUUUCAGUGGUGUCUGAAGAGAAACUAAAAUUUGCCAUUCAGUUAGCCAAAAGGGACAUAAGACGAAGACAUCGUGAAGAGCAAGUGAAACAGCAGGUGUUUGGAGUUGCUGCCAAUAAACAGUUGUUGGCCAAGAAGUCACAACAACGCAAAAAUGAACUAUUCCAAAGUCUGGAAGAGAAAAAUGCACUUAAGUCUUGGACUCCCUUGAAAUAUCAGCAGAAACUUGGUCAGCCUUCCAAAGUGGAGACCACCAGCUCUGGUGCUAAAGUUUAUCUCUACACACCAAAUAAGGGAAAGCUAAUACCAGCUGUUUUAGACUCUCCACCCACCCAUGACCCUGGACCAGGCUCCAAGACAAAUAUCAGAAAAAAAAAAGAUGAAAAUAUACAGGAAGUCCGACGUCUGCAAAAGGAAUUGAGGAGUUGUGUCCAGAAAAUUGAAGAACUGGCUAAAAAAGAGAGAGGUGAAAUUUUGGAUCCUGGUGAAGAGCAACGAAUUCGCAUUAGGAGACAGGAACAAGCUGCACGGUCAGCUCGGAGGUUGUAUGUUCUCCAGCAACAAGUAAAAGAAAUUCAGGAUGAUUUAGAGAAACUGAGUCCUCGUAAAAUCAAACAUACCAAAAAGUCUCGAGCAGUAUCCAGAUUGGCUGCAGCACACAGAGGAGCUAUACGAGCCUUGCAGACGUUUGCCAAUCAGUUUACUGAUCAAACAGAGCAACAGGUUCCUGCCCAUUACAAGGAACUGGGCAGUCUCAUUCGACAACUGUCUCUCUGUUCUGCCAAACUAGAAAUGGAUUCUUCCCUUUCUGACACUAUCAUAGAUAUCCUGCUACAAGUUGAGGAUCUGGAUUCAUUGCUGGAAAAGAAACAAACACCCAAAAAAGCAAAGAAAUGUCUUUCAGCAUCUCAGGGCAAAUCUCCAGGGAACAAUGAGAUAUUUCCAGACAGAAAGCAGCUUACAUCUCCAAGAGGAGAAAAGAAACCUCUCAUCUUAAAGGAACAGCUUGUACAAGAACCUAGAAAACCUUCAGCUGCCAGGAGACUCUUGAUUGACAAACAUGAACUUGCUGCAACUAUUUCAGCGGUUCCAAAGACAAACAGUCGCGCUCAUAUAUCACACAGUGAACUCCAAGAAGAAAAUGACCCAGCUACUCCAGAGAAAAAUGCCAUUUUACAAGGAAGCUUACAUGCAUUGGCAAGAGCUGGAGCUGUAAAAAAAGGUCCCAUGCUUGCAAGUGGCCCUUUGAGGAAGAAAGGAGUACUACUACCUGCAAAAUCAAAGGGAGUGCCUAAACCUCUAAAAUCAAGACAGGUACAACCUCAAGGAAAGCAUGCCCGGUUUCAAGAGACAACUGUAGCUUUCCAACUAAAAGAGAGCAAACGGCUGGUUAAGGAGAGCAGAAUACCCUGGAUACCUCCAAAUCCUACAUCUCCACCUGCUUCACCAAAACGUGCUGUCAAGAUACCCAAGAAUGCAAGAUUCAAGGAAGUCAUUGGUAACUCAGCUUCACAGAAAGGGAAGGCAGAAGAAAGAAGACUAGAUCUCAUGGAAAAAGAAGCUCUCAGGUCACAGGGUGCUUCUCCAACCCAGCUUGCAGACAAAGUUGAGAGCGCAGUACGGGAGCACUUAGAACCCCUUUUGGACAAGGCACAGGUCAGUCUCCCCUUGGAAACGAGCAGUCAUUUGAAGGAUUCUUCACUUAUAAACAAACUCUCAACUUAUGCAGCUGAAAAGCUGGUUGCAGCAAAUGCAGAUAUCCUGAGUGAAAAGCUACUGGACGAUCUUUUGGAAGAUACUGCUCAGGAGCUCUGGAGCAUGGAGCGGCAGGAGAGACUACAGGCCCAGGCGCUGGCCAUGGCUGACAGUCCUAGUCUGGAAAUAAUGUUGCAAAGGAUGGAAGACAUUGAAACAUACCAGGAAGCUGUACGCAGGAGACUUACUCAGAUUGUGUACAGCGAUUUGGAGUUCUGGACCCUGGAAGAGAAAAAAGAACAGCAAAAUGCAUCAAUAGCUAAAAGACCUUCCUCUCCACAUCCAAUUCAGAUAACUAAAUUAAUUGGACAGAAAGAGCCAGAAAUAGACAUUAUAUUUGAAAAACCUUUUGAUGGCAAUGGUGUUGAUGAAAACAAAGAAUCAAAGGAGAAAUUGCAGCCUGGAAAUGACAUUCUGCAGCCCUUGAAUCGGAGUAUGUCUCUGCAGAAUGAGCGCUAUGUUUCUCUCUCUGUUCCAAAGCAUAUGUUCCAGAGCAUCUUGGAUUAUAACAACAGAUACAAGCAUCACCUAAAGCUCAUUUCCCAUGAGGCAGUAGGCAGUUUCAAUCCAUGGCAAAUUGCUGAGAGUCUUGCGGAGGAACUGACAGAAGAAGCCCUAUGUGAUGUGGCAGCAGAGCUGCAGGUCGUUUGUGAGGAUUAUGCAGAAGCUGUGUUCACCUCAGAGUUUUUGCAGCCAACAUAGUAAAUACUUUUAAAUUUGCCUCAUUAACAAAUGCAAUGUCCAGCCUCAGUCUAACAAUUUUAUCAAGUGAUCCUAUUUUUUAUGUUUUUUUGAAGUCUGUGUGAGAUUCCACUCACCAAAUGAACUAAGUCCAACAAAGAUCCAUCUUGGAUUUUGUAAAACCAUGACAAUAAUCUUUUUUCUUUUCAAACUUUAUUAUCCUGGGCUUAUCGGGACUUUUUUUUUCAGUGUUUCAGUAGAAUGAAGUAAACUGUUACAGGUGAAGUUUACAUGUUCUGGUGGGGCUACUGAUCCAUCUGUACAUCUGUGGUUACUUCAUCCAUGUCUAUGUGUGAUCUGCCUGGUUACAAUAAAACCAGUUCAGGUACGCCAUGGACUUAGCUGUACUGCGCUUCAAUUUUCUUCUUUAAAAUUGAGAGACUCUGACUUACCUACCUCACAAGGGAGCUACAGGUUUUAGUUUAUUCUUGUUAGUAAAAUGCAUUGAAUAUAUCUGAAAAUAGUGUUGGGAAGAAUGGGAUAUUCUUGAUAUGAGUCUAAAAUCCAGGUGGAAAAGUUAAGAGUAAAAGCUGUUGGGUUUGCUGUUUAAGAAAGAUGUUGUCUGACCGCCAUAGCUAACAGACAUAAUUGGAUUAGUUAUUUUUUGGGAUGCAGCAAUCCAAAGGAGAGUGAUUCUCCUGGCACAGCAUUAAGUCGAUGCAACACAUAGCAGUGGCUGUACUCCUAUGCAAAAAGCCUACAUUCUGGGCUCUUCCAAUAAGCUUCCAAAUGCAGUAGCCCUCUUGUUGGUUUCAGAAUAUCACUAAUACAUCAUGCACAGCCAAAUGACACCUUUCAGUGGAAGCAUAUGACAGAAGUUUUCUCCCUCCAGCCUUUUUUUUUUUCCUUAAAUCAACAUAAAAACUUAUUCUACCAGCAUUUAAUGAUCCAACCCCCCAUUCUUUAUGUGCAAAACUUCCAUUGAAAUUAAGAGCAAGAAAAUGGCAAACUUGCAUUUCUGCAAUAUUGAAUUAACUUGUUAAUUUCAGAUAAUCAAUGUACUAGUUUGGGUUAUAUCUGGAGCAAGUAAUGAGUAAAAAAAGUUUUAUGGUAAAACUUGUGGAAAAUGUGAUCUCAGCCCUUGGGGUAACCUAAAAAAACAAUAUGAAGGUCAUUUUCCUUUGACAAGUCCUUGUCUGCAAUAAUUCAUAAUUUAAAACACUACCUUUUUUAUUUGCAAGAUAUAUAGAGGUAAGUCUAUUUUUAAAUCCACAAAUACGAAGUCAAAGAAUGUCUGUAUGUGUCUGUAUGCUUGUGAAUGUCUUUUUAAUAAACAACAUUUGUUUCUUAGGA